AUUGACAUGCGCAGUGAGACAUUAGCGCAUGCGUAAACAAUGUUGUAUUUUCCCCAAGGUAGACAUGGCUGAAAUGAGCCCUGGAUAAAAAAAUAUAAGACUGUAUAUUUAGGGAUGGCACAUAAACGCCAAUUAGAGAAAGAAGAGUACAGACAAUGGGUGAAGGCCGGACUUGGCUUGGGGUACUUAAAAGAAGGAUUAGCGCCUUUUUGUGACGACAUCGCCAAACAGCAGCACAAAGACAUCUUAGAUAACAUUAAACAGACAAAGAAUCUACCGACUGUGGCAUGUGGUCAUUGCGGUCUAAAAACUCUCAAACCAGACCAUGUAAAAACAGGAAAGAAUCAAUGUCCGUUAGGUCAAGCUAACUGUAACUGCUGCUAUACGAAGGGUAAAAUUGCUUGUCCAAACAACGUAUGUAGCGCCAUCUAUGACUAUAUUGUAACUAACCAUGCGUCCGCACCACCAGCUCCUACCUGGAAAAACACCAAAACUCAGCAGUGGACUGUAGAUCCAUGGAGUAUAGCUAAAUGUUUCAUCAACGCCCCGGGAUAUGAUCAGAAGACAUCAGCAGCCGACACUGACUGCACGGGAUUACUGCAUGUGAUCAUCAACAACAAAUAUUUUCAUAAGCACGUUCAAUGUAACUUCGUUGCUGCUAAUGUAUUUUCUAAGGUGAGGCAAUACAGAAACGAGAUAUUCCACUCGAGUACCAUGGAACUAGAAGAGGCAGAUGCAAAUACUUACAUAGAUGAUAUGAUUGCUGUGCUGCAAGAUGGUAAGGAACUCAUCAACCGAAAAGAUGCCCAGGACGCCGUAAAGAAACUUGAAGCGCUGAAGAAUGAAGAUUUCAUUGUAACCACUGAAAAUAUGAAGAAGGUUCUUGGAGAUAUCAGAGAAGAAUUCGAGAAUAUAAAAAGAUCAACAGAAGGUCUAGCGACUAAGGACGAUUUGAAAAAAUCAACAGAAGGUCUAGCGACUAAGGACGAUUUGAAAAAAUCAACAGAAGGUCUUGCCACUAAGGACGAUUUGACAAAAUCAACAGAAGGUCUGGCGACUAAGGGCGAUUUGAAAAAUUCAACAGAAGGUCUGGCGACUAAGGACGAUUUAAAAAAUCAGCAGAAGGUCUGGCGACUAAGGACGAUUUAAAACAAUCAACAGAAGGUCUGGCGACUAAGGGCGAUUUAAAAAAAUCAACAGAAGGUCUGGCGACUAAGGGCGAUUUAAAAAGAUCAACAGAAGGUCUGGCGACUAAGGACAGUUGUGAUGAAGUUAACAUGAAGAUAUCUGCACUGGAAAUGAAAAUGAUUUCACUGGAAUCUCUCAUAAAUGAACAAACGAAGGUAUACACUUUUAUCUUUUAUCACAUGUUUGACGUCGUGGGAGUGUAAUAAAACCAUUACAUAAUUUUUUUCAAUGAUAAUACAUUAAACUUGUGUGUAUUAAAGCUUUGAUGUC